AUGAAUUUGACAAGGUGGAUAGAAAAGACAGAAUCCGUAUUUCAAAUAAGCUUUUGUCCAGAUGAUUGUAAAGUACGAUUUGCAGCAUGUACUUUCGCUGACGCAACACUUACAUGGUGGAAUAUCCAUGUGAAUACAAUGGGAAUUGAUACUGCAAAUUCCAUGAAAUGGGAGGAGCUAAAAAUGAUGCUAGUAGAGGAGUAUUGUCCUAGGGAGGAAAUACAUAAACUGGAACAAGAACUGUGGACCCUAACCAUGAAGGGUUCAGAGAUAAAAGUUUAUACCGCUAGAUUUAAUGAUCUUGCUGUAAUGUGUCCAACAGUUGUGACCCCUGAAUAUAAAAAGAUUGAGCGAUAUAUCUGGGGUUUAGCAUCGCAAAUCAAAGGCAUGGUGAUCGCAUCAAAGCCUACGACUUAUGACAGCACCAAGAGGAUAGCUCAUCAGCUAACUCUCACAAAGAUCCAUGGAACAGAAGUGGUCUCAAAGGCUGAGUCUCCCAAAGCUAGAACAAACAAGCGCAAGUUUAUUAAGAAAAAUCCCAAACAAUCAUCUGAGAAAAGACAAGAAGUGGCAACCAACUACGCAACCACAACAGCAGUACCUACUCAACCAAAGUCUGGAUGGUGCAACCACUACAACCGUCAUCACCCAGGUGACUGUUUUGUUUGCACAAAAUGCAAAAAGAAGGGGAAUACUGCUAGUUACUGCAGGAGCACAACACCUGCAACAGUCAAUCAGCAAACAAAUACUGGAACCGGUCGUGGUGAAGAAAGAAAGUGUUAUGAGUGUAGAGAGGUUGGACACAUGAAGAAAGAAUGUCCAAAGUUAAGGAGUCAAGGAGGAAUAGGGUGUGGCAGAGCAUUUGUGAUCGGAAGCAGAGAGGCUAUCUAG